AAUGAAACUGAUGAUUUUUACUGAUUACACUUCAACUUUAUAUAGUGAUUGAAGUGUGACUUGAAGCUCAGAGUUAAAUAAAAUGGCAUUCCCUUGCACGUUUGGUGACAGGUUUUGAAUACGAAAUUCAGUCGCGCACAUGAGGAAUAACUUUUUUUAUUUUCACGGUCAUUCUGUUCUGAACAUGGAAGUUGUCAACGAAAGUGAAAACGAAUGACAAUAUCAAAAAACAAAGUAAAAUACUGCAGAAAUAGUAGUUGGGUUCAUAUAAUUCUGCACAUUGUCGUGUAGAUACUAUUUUGUAUUGAAUUCUUGAACGAAAUCAAUUUGUAUUUGUCAAAAUUAUACCAUUGACAUUUGCCAAGGCUUUACUGAGCUUGAUUGUAAACAAAUGAGGCAUUGAGGAAAUAUUUUUUGAUUUGGUAUAUAAAGUGGUUGAUAAAACAAUCAAAACUAUCAGUUUCAAUUCAGUUCUUCAGAGAAAUCAAUCGAAAACUACCAAAACUCUUUCAUUAUGUUCAAAUUCUUCACUUUGUGCUUGUUGGCUGUCAUCGCCGCUGUUGCUGCUAAACCAGCAAUUGUUGCUCCAUUGGCAUACUCUUCUCCUUUGAUUGCAUCGCCUUACACUGCUGCCUACACUGCUGGAUAUGCUUCACCCUAUGUCGCAGCAGCUUCACCCUAUGUUGCUUCUCCAUAUGCCGCUUACUCUGCCUACCCAUAUGCUGCUUCAUACUAUGUUCGUUAGGACAUCUUUCCUGAAGUGAA